AUGACGUUAUCAGUGUCAUGGUUACCAUGGUUACCGUGGCAGCGCUAUAAAUACAGCUGCGUUACUGAGUUUGAGAAUUCUCUCAACGCCGGCAUGACAGCGAGAUCUUCUCCUACACAGGACAUGGUUCAUCCAGAAAACCAUGAAAAAAAUACAGAGAAGGAAGACAUGAAGGGGUCCCCCGUCCAGCUGUCCCCUGAACCUCCUCUUGCAGUGAACGGAUCAUCUUCAUCCACGGCUUUAUCUGCUAAUGUCAUGCCUUGCCAGGCCACGUCUGUUCUUACGCAUGAGCUGGUGCUGCAGAACGAGUACACUGCUAAACUGCUGUAUCUGCUGGGCGAGUUUCUCUGCCUCCGCUGCAGAAAAGUAAGAGGCCUCACUCCUUGGGUCUCAGUGUCUUGGCUCCGCACUGUGGACAUGCUUCUGGUCACGUACAAAUCACAGAGCAAGCCCUUCCUCUGCCCGGGCAGUGUGGUCUUCCUCUACAUGCUGUGCCGUGACUCUGUCUCGGCGGACGUGGCCCGCAGGAGGAAGUUGUGUACAGAACUGCUCAUCUGCUUUUACAUCUCGUGUUCUUACAUCGGCAACGAAAUUAGCUACUGGGCUCGGUAUUUCAUGAGUGGGAUUAGCAGGCAGGCAUUCUCAAAGCGCACACUGGAAAUCACCAUGCGCAUGAGCCACAAAAUGCUGCAGAUUAACACCUCUCCACAGUUCUUUGCCCAAGUCCUAGCUGACCUGAAGAACAGGACGUAUAUGGAGCCACAUCAGGGACAAAAGUUUUGUCAAUUUGAAACAAAAAAUUGA